UUUAAAUAUAAUUGAUAGGCAAUAAAAUAAAAAUAAAUUUUACCUGUCAAUUCUCAGUUUAAUGUCGAUAACCCAUGCAUAAACAAAAAAUUGAAUUUUUAAAUGGCCAAGGAAAAAAUGACCUUAGUUCUGCUUAGUAGCCUUGCUGGAACUGGACACAAAUAUUAUUUGUUUAGGCCUAAACAAACCGAAAAAUUACAAAAAAUUCUUUUUGAUCCUUAUGUUCAAUCCAACGUUUUAUACCGAGAAACAAAAAAGAUUAAAUCCAAAACCUUUGAGAAGAAAAACUGAACCCGUUAUUUAAUCAAUUAAAAUAUGCCUAAAUUUGGUCAAUUAGUCAUGGGUCCCGCCGGCAGUGGAAAAACAACUUACUGCAAAUCUAUAUCAAAUCACUGCAGAAUUUCACGAAUUGAUCAUCGCCAUAUAAAAUUAGUUAAUUUAGAUCCUGGAUUAGUGGAUUUUGUCGACCUAAAUAAUACUGAUCCUAGCACACAAAGACACGAAGAAAAUUUGACUUAUGACAUUGAUAUUAGAGAUUUAAUAUCCGUACACGAUGUGAUGGAAGAAUAUUCCGAUAACAUAGCACCUGACCAGACAGAUCUCGAUAAAUAUCCAUCGUCCAAUGAGCAUGCCGAUAUUAUUGGUCCUAAUGGUGCAUUGGUAUAUUGUAUGGAAUAUUUAGCGAAAGACAAUUUUUUAUGGCUCGAAGAAAAAUUUUUGGAAAAUUUGAUCGACGGAGAUUAUGUUUUGUUUGACUGCCCAGGUCAAAUUGAAUUAUAUACGCAUAUACCGGUCAUUAAACGUUUAGUAGAUUUUUUGAUAGACCGUGCAGAUUUUAGGAUAUGUGGCGUGUUUUUAGUAGAUUCUGUUCAUUUCUUGGUAGACAUUAACAAAUAUUUUUCGGUUACGUUAACUUCUUUAUCCGUAAUGAUCAAUAUGGAACGUAUAUCAUUCGUGAAUAUUUUUUCUAAAAUGGAUUUAAUGACAUCGAAAUGUACGACCAAAAUAUUGCCACUAAAUAAUGAAAAAAUGAUGGACGGUUCAAAUGAUGACAGUGACACAGAUGAUGAAUGUUUUACGAAUCAAGAUGUUAUUACACAACUGUCAGAGCCUUCAAUCGAGCUGCACGAUCAUUUUAGCGAUUCAUCGCCAAUCACCUUACCACCCAAAUACUUAAAAUUAACUAGGGUUUUGGCUUCAGUGAUCAAUAGUUAUGACCUCAUAAAGUUUCACCCGUUAAAUAUAAAUAAAAAAAAUUCUAUCGAAAAUAUCAUGUAUCAUAUCGACCUUUCACUGCAGUAUGACGAGGAACGCGAACCAAAAGAGAUCAUUUUUACCGGAGCGGAAUCCGAAAUUAACGAUGACAAAUCAUAUGAUCGUUUAGACGAGGAGAAUCAAUUUUCUCACCAAGAAAAUGAAAUGUUUUACGGAAUUGAUUAAUAAUUAUUCAUUCGUAUAUUAUUUUUUUAUUUUGGAGGCAAUUGGAAUUAAAUGUAAAUGAUAUUUGUA